CAAACAUUCUGUCGUUCGAGUCGCUUAUCAUCGUCUCGCUUCUAGCAGCGGGGGCUGCCAAUGUCGUAUAGUAACGACAUCUAAUCAAAUAUAAUAUUCAACUUCUAUAGUGAAAUUACGUGAUAAAAUGAUCUGACGUAAUUCCACAAUUAAAAAAGCACUAUAAAAGCGAACCUGAUCUACAUUCGAUAUCCAGUCUUCGAGAUUUACUGAGAGUUAUUACGAGAUACUUCUCGUAACUGCGACGACGAAAAUGUCGAAGCUCGCAGUUAUUUUGUGUGUCCUCGGUUUCUACGCCGCGGCAGCGAUCGCGAAUCCCCGGAGCAAAAGUCAGUCGCAGGUGCUCGGCAUCGUUGAAGAAGCAUCCAACGCCAUCACUGAGCGCACCAAUCAGAUAUUCAAAAAAUUUGAGAGUCUGCGUUCAGUGAAUUCUUCGGACGCGCUCCCCUUCCCUACUCGAGGCCGAACGUUCGGACAAUUCAUUUCCCAGCUCAACAAAAACGUCGAACACGAUUUCAAAUCGUUCCCACCGGUCGACGAACAACAACGUAUCGAACACACCAACAAAUGCCGAAAAAUCGUCAGUACGUUUAAGAAUAAACUCGAAAACGCCAUUCACGUUACUUACAUGACUACACUCAAGGAGAAUAAUAAAACGCUGUUAGAGGAAAAAGAUCGUCAACUGAGCAAUAUGGCCAAUCUGAAAGCUACGGCAGAAAAGUGUCAGGGAACCGAAUGUGAACAGAUCGCAUCAAUAUUGAAUCAGCUGAAAAGAAAUUUCAUCGACUACUCUGAGCAGGUUGAAAACGAUUUCGCGAGAAUCGCCGACGGAUCGGCUAUUAAAAAGUGGUUCUAUGAGAUGAACAAUAAAGUUUACUUAUCGCAUGAAAUGUCCAAAAUGGUCUACGACCUUCAUCAAUGCAUAGUCGGUCACCGUCGAUGGGCACAAUAUGAACCAGUGUGAGCGACAGAAAAUUUCCUUCAAAUAUUUUUCAACUUUCGCCAUCGCGACCACCGUCAAAAUUUUUGACUAUAAAUACACCAAAUUCUUCGAAUAAUUUUAUAUAUUAAGAGUCAUCGAGCUCAAAUUAUCUCAGUCGGGUUGAACAAUUAUUAAUCAUUAAUAAAAGAAAAGAAUUUUCUUCGGAUAAAA